CGUGCGCGCCUUCGCGGGAACGCUAAUCCGUCGACGACACGCCGGCUACCAAAACAGAAUCCUCGAUCGACGAUCAUCAUCAACGCUGCGAUGGAUAUCAAGCUGGAACAGCUCAAGACCGAGCUACGGAUAUGUACCGCCUGCGGGGAACCGAUCGCCGAUAAGUAUCUCUUCGAUAUCGACGGUUGCGCCUGGCACGGGUCCUGUCUCCGGUGUUCCGUCUGCCUAACGCUGCUCGAGCGGCAACCUUCGUGCUACUUCCGUGAUCGUCACGUCUACUGCCGGGCGGACUAUGCCAAAACGUUCGGUGCCAAGUGUUCCAAGUGCUGCCGAACGAUAGCGGCCUCAGAUUGGGUGCGGAAGGCCCGCGAUCUCGUCUUCCAUCUGGCCUGCUUCUCCUGUGACACUUGUGGCCGGCAGCUCUCGACCGGUGAACAGUUUGCGCUGAUCGAUGAUAAGGUGAUGUGCCGGAGCCACUACAUGGACACCGUGGACGAGGGGUCUAACUCGAGCGAUGACGGAUGUAGCAGUAGCGAUGGUUACAAUAAGAACAAAUCGAAGCGCGUCCGGACAACGUUCACCGAGGAGCAGCUACAGGUGCUGCAGGCAAAUUUCCAGAUCGACAGCAAUCCGGAUGGGCAGGAUCUGGAGCGGAUAGCGCAGCUGACGGGGCUGAGCAAGCGAGUGACGCAGGUUUGGUUUCAGAAUUCGCGCGCCCGCCAGAAGAAGCAUACGCAUGUUCCACGUGAUCACCACAAUCCGAAUCUGUUCGGUGCGCUGCGCCAGGACAUGAACAACAAUAGCAGCAGUGGCCAGACGAAUUUGGGUGAGCUGAGCGAUCAUGGUGGCCAUGGUGGUAUGGGUAAGCAUUCCGGAACGAUGUUCAACUCGCACGGUAAGUUAUCGCAAAGGGAAAACAGUUGUCUACCGGAAAUGGAGCCACAAUUUGUCGUUGUUUUCUUUCACUUUGGCUGCAGUGAACCUGAUCAAUCUGAUGGUGUAACAUAUGGGCAUGCAAUCACUACGGAAUACAAAGCAUGCGGCGGUUGCUCCGAACAGAUCACCGAUCGCUACAUUUUCGAAGUGAACGGUGCCUCCUGGCACGGUUCCUGUCUGCGUUGUAGCGUCUGCUACUGUCCGCUCGAGCGCCAAGCAUCCUGUUUCCUACGCGAUGGCGACGUUUACUGCAAAGCGGACUACAUCAAAAAGUUCAAAACGAGUUGCGCCAAGUGUGCUCGCUCGAUUUCGGCCACCGACUGGGUGCGCCGGGCUCGUGAGUACGUGUUCCAUUUGGCGUGCUUCGCUUGCGAUUCCUGUGGCCGGCAGCUAUCGACCGGUGAGCAGUUUGCCAUCUGCGAGGACCGAGUCCUCUGCAAAACGCACUACAUGGAACUGAUUGACGAUGGGACGACGUCGAGUGAGGACGGUUGCGAUGCGGACGGCGGUGGCAAGGGUAGCAAAACCAAACGCAUCCGUACGACGUUCACCGAGGAGCAGAUUCAGAUACUGCAGGCCAACUUCCAGAUCGACAGCAAUCCGGAUGGGCAGGAUUUGGAACGGAUCGCGCUGGCUACCGGGUUGAGUAAGCGAGUGACGCAGGUUUGGUUCCAGAAUUCGCGCGCUCGCCAGAAGAAGCACGUCCACGGUGAGUUUCCCCGAGCUCAGGAUCUGUUUAAUGGUAUGCGAUCGGAUCUGAACAACAACAACCACAGCACCAACAGCUGCAGCAGCAGCAACAGCAACGACGGUCCGAUGCAUCAUCUCACCAGCCUGAUGCCGGAAGAUUGUGUGCUACGCAAGACGCCGCUGUUCAACUCGCACGGUUUCAUCAAUCUCGUCGUGUGA